AGCCUGCUCCGGGAAUCGUGAGUGCUGAGGGUCUGGGGAGUGGAGAGCGCCUCUGAGCUGAGAGCGCUGAGGUUGCUCGCCCAGCGAGCCGGUGGGCUGGGAGCGUUGCGGUGUUUGCCCAGCAGGCCGGGGUGCGUGGGUGGGUGGUGCGGCUCGGCUUCUGUCCGAGGGUCCCGGGCGAGGGGCGCGGGGCCGCUCUGUCCACCAGGAAGCCGAGGGCAGCGCCGCGGAGCGUGGAGCGGCGGACUCGGAGGGGUCCAGUCGGUCAAAUAUAUAUAUAUAUUUUUGGAAACUGAAAAGCACAAAUGCCCAGCACUCCAACAAGGGUCUGAAGUGCUUAGAGUCUUCACACCCUUUUUAAAAUAGCUAGCUGCCAAGAUGUCAGUCCACACUUCGCAUAGCAGACACAACAUCGGUAGCUUGGAGGUUUCUUCUUCACAGAAGAUUUCAGCGUCGAGCGGCUUCAUCCACAACAGCCGACUGGAGCUGCACUUGAAGUCAGAAGUGUCCGAGUGUGAAAAUCACGAUCCGUUAGCGAAUGCCAGAAGUAAAACCAUAGACAUAAAUAGCACUUAUGUCAUCUCCGCCUGUAAAAAAACAAGAGAGCCGCCCGUCACCCCCGACCCCGGGAGACUGACCCUUCAGAGAAGGACUUCUUGGAACAAAGAAUCGUCUUCACUUGGUAGUGAGUUGGGAGACACUAGUAGAAGAGCAGCAGACGCAAGUCUUAGGUUACAACGUCGGCAUGCUAGAGCAGACUGUGUGGAAAAGCGGGAGACGUUGACUCCGGUGGGCGGUGACCCAGGAAGUACCUCUGCUUCACGGGAAGCAAGGACAGGCACAAAGCUUGUAAAUAAUGACACCCGUGACCUGUCGUCUGGAGUUUCUGUGAAAGACUCAAAUGACACCUGGUUGACGGACUGCAAAGACCCAUGUCCUGCCCUCAGUGCCGCUAACGAAAAGGUGACAGUUAAGAAGCCAGAUAGUAGAGCACCCGUUGGCUCCCAGCGUCAGAGGGAAGCUGUGAGAUCAGGACUCUCCGUGGUGAAACCGCCUGAGAGCAAGCCAGAUACCCAAGGGUCAGGAGGAGGAAACUCACACCAUGGAAAUGCUGGCAAGGACACCGCAAAACAUGGCAGUACGUUUGGAAGUUCAGGGGCAAGGACCCCGGCGAAGUGUGUUUUAGAACACAGAUUGGCACCAAGGCGUGACCUGCCUCCACCUAAAAGCCCAGCUUUAUCCACACUGAGAAACAAUGGCAGGGACAUUGCAAACCACAUCAGUGUACUCAGAGGCUUAGUCUCAGAAACAAGCACCCCGGUGAAGCGUGUUCCAGAACACAGAUCGACACCAAGGCGUGACCUGCCUCCACCUAAAAGCCCAGCUUUAUCCACCCUUAAACACAGGAUUGCGAGCCCUCGAGUCAAACCAAGGCUAAAAAGUUCUCUUUUUGCAAAUAAAAGGGAAAGCUCACAAGAAGAUACGCUCCCUCCAGAAGAAAAAAGCACAGCUCAGAAUACCUUCACAGAACCAGGCUCCUUAAAAGUAGAAAAUAGUCAGGUGACAGUGGCGGUGCGCGUGAGGCCUUUCAGCAAAAGAGAGAAGACCGAGAAAGCCUCCCAGGUUGUCUUCACCAAUGGGGAAGAAAUAACUGUGGAACAUCCUGAUAUGAAACAAAUGUACUCUUUUAUUUACGAUGUUUUGUUUUGGUCUUUUGAUGACUGUCACCCUGGCUAUGCUAGCCAGACAACUGUGUAUGAGACAUUGGCUGCACCGCUCCUGGACAGAGCUUUUGAAGGCUACAAUACCUGUCUCUUUGCUUAUGGCCAGACUGGCUCUGGAAAGUCCUAUACGAUGAUGGGGCUUAAUGAAGAACCAGGAAUAAUUCCAAGAUUUUGUGAAGAUCUUUUUGCUCAAAUAGCCAAAAAACAAACCUCAGAGGUCACCUACCAUCUUGAAAUGAGUUUCUUUGAAGUUUAUAAUGAAAAAAUUCAUGAUCUUCUGGUUUGUAAAGGUGAAAAUGGGCAGAGAAAACAACCACUCCGAGUGAGGGAGCAUCCUGUUUCUGGGCCGUAUGUUGAAGGUCUGUCGACGAAUGUUGUCAGUUCUUACUCUGAUAUUCAGAGCUGGCUGGAACUGGGAAAUAAGCAGAGAGCCACCGCGGCCACCGGCAUGAAUGAUAGGAGCUCCCGGUCCCACUCCGUGGUCACCCUGGUGAUGACGCAGACCAAGACGGAGCUCGUGGAGGGGGAGGAGCAUGACCACAGGAUCACAAGCCGCAUAAACCUCAUAGACCUGGCUGGCAGCGAGCGCUGCGCCACAGCCCACUCGAGUGGCGAGCGGCUGAAGGAAGGUGUGAGCAUUAACAAGUCCUUGCUGACUUUGGGGAAGGUCAUAUCCGCACUCUCUGAACAAGCGCACGGGAAGAGGGUUUUUAUCCCAUAUCGUGAAUCCACUCUUACAUGGCUUUUAAAAGAAAGCCUGGGUGGAAAUUCAAAAACAGCAAUGAUUGCUACCAUCAGUCCUGCUGCCAACAACAUAGAGGAAACCCUGAGCACGCUCAGGUACGCCACCCAAGCCCGCCUGAUAGUCAACGUCGCCAAAGUCAACGAGGACAUGAAUGCAAAGUUGAUCAGAGAGUUGAAAGCAGAAAUUGAAAAGUUAAAAGCUGUUCAGAGAAACAGCCAGAACAUUGACCCUGAACGGUACAGACUGUGUCGGCAAGAGAUCACAUCCCUAAGGAUGAAACUGCAUCAGCAGGAGAGAGACAUGGCCGAGAUUCACAGAGUAUGGAAGGAAAAAUUUGAACAAGCUGAAAAAAGAAAACUUCAAGAGACAAAGGAGUUACAGAAAGCCGGAGUUACAUUUCAAAUGGACAACCACUUGCCAAACCUUGUGAAUCUCAAUGAAGACCCGCAGUUGUCGGAGAUGCUGCUCUACAUGGUGAAGGAGGGAGUGACCACGGUUGGAAAGCGCGCACCAAGCUCAAGCCGCGACAUCCAGUUGUCUGGAGUGCUGAUUGCGGAUGAUCACUGUACUAUCAGAAAUUUUGGAGGAACAGUGAGUAUUGUCCCAGCUGGAGAAGCAAAGACAUUCGUAAAUGGGAUGCACAUCUUGGAGCCGACAGUAUUACAUCAUGGUGAUCGGGUGGUUCUUGGUGGAGAUCAUUAUUUUAGAUUUAACCAUCCAGUCGAAGUCCAGAAAGGAAAAAAAACGUCAAGUAGAAAUAAUCUCACAAGCGAAGGCCCAAAAGAUUUUGAGUUUGCCAAAAACGAGUUACUUACAGCCCAGAGAUCUCGGCUUGAAGCAGAAAUAAAAGACGCACAGCUAAAGGCGAAGGAAGAAAUGAUGCAAGGAAUUCAAGUUGCGAAGGAGAUGGCCCAGCAAGAGCUUUCUUCCCAGAAAGCUGCCUACGAGAGCAAAAUCCAGGCCCUGGAGGCUGAGCUGAGGGAAGAGUCUCAAAGGAAGAGAUUGGAGGAAAUAAAUAACCAAAAAGCUAGUCACAAGAUCGAGGAGUUGGAAAGGGCGAAGCAGUACCUUGAACAGGAAGUGUACGUGAACAAAAGGCGGCUGGAGAUGGAGACCCUGGCCACGAAGCAGGCCUUAGAAGACCAUAGAAUCCGACAUGCAAAGAUCCUAGAAGCUUUAGAAAUUGAAAAGCAAAAGAUCGUUGAAGAAGUACAAAUGCUUCAGGAGAGUCGGGGAAACAGGGAUAAAACUUUUACCAUCCAGCCAAACUGGAGCUCCCUGAAACUCUCCAUGAUGAUCCAGGAAGCCAAUGCCAUCAAUGACAAAUUUAAAAGGUGCUAUGUGUUUGGCAGACAUGAUGCAUCAGACAAAGGUCGUUCUGAUACCUCUGUUCGAGUUCGUAACCUCCAGCUUGGGAUCUCAACUUUCUGGAGUCUGGAAAAGUUUGAAUCUAAACUGGCAGCAAUGAAGGAGCUUUAUGAGAGCAAUGGUGGUAACAGGGGCGAGGAUGUCUUUUGUGACCCUGAAGAUGAGUGGGAACCCGACAUUACAAGCACACCAGUUUCGUCCCUUUCUAGAAGGAGGAGCAGAAGCUUGAUGAAGAACAGGAGAGUCUCUGGCUGUCUGCAUGACAUCCAUCCGAUUCCGAGUACGCAGUCUUCACACUCAUCCGGAUUAGUGGACAAACCAAGCACCAUUUAUUCAAAUCCAUCAGAAUCAUUUCUUCCUGGAAUUUGCAAAGAAUUGAUUGGCUCAUCAAUAGAUUUCCUUGGACAGAGUUUCGAUGAAGAAAAAACUAUAGCAGAUAGCCUGAUAAAUAAUCUUCUUAAAAUUUAUAAUGGGGUGAUUGCCAUCUCCAAAGCCCAUGAAGAACAGGAUGAGGAAAGUCAGGAUAACCUGUUCUCCUCUGACCGGGCAGCACAGGCUCUGACCGUCCAGGUGGCUUGUGCCUUUGAACAGCUCGUGGUUUUGUUCAAACACUGGCUGGGUGAUUUUCCACCUUGUACCCGCUUAGCAAGGCUUGAAGAUGAAUUGAGACAAGAUAUUAAAAAACUCGGAGGCUAUCUGCAAUUGUUUUUGCAGGGAUGCUGUUCGGAUAUUUCAUCCAUGGUAAAAGAGGCUCAAAACCAAGUCCUGGAGAUUACACAGCAGGCUGUCCGGUGUGUAGGUCAGCUGGCCGUUCUCAAAGGGAGCAAGCUCUGUGUCCUGGAAAACAGCAGCAAGGUUUCCAGUGCCCAGGAAUUCAUGGCUGCUCUCCAGGAUGGCGUGGCCUUGGGGAUGAAGAGUCUCUUAGACUGUGGGCUGGAGGCCGUGCAGGAACUCAGGCAGGCCCUCUCCAGGCAGUGCGCACAAGAGGAGGUCGCCAAGCAGAUGAAAGCUAACGCUGUGGGUCUGGUGGGCGCUCUUGAAAAUGCCUUCACUACAUGGAGGACGAAAAGCUUCAGGACUCAAGUACAAGAAGGUUCUAGACAACAAGGCUCCAAGAUGUUAACCUUUGCGUCAGAAUUCUUGAAGCUGAAGUCUUGCUUGCAACAAACCGUGGAGAUGACUGUAUCUGCGCUGAGAGGGCACCCCAGUGACUUGCACUGUCUCAGAAGCUGUGCUGACACUAUCUGCAGCCUGGCUCGCAAGCUUCAUGGGGACUUCGGCGCGCUCUCUGCCUCUGCUGGCAGCUGUGGAAGUGAAGCCCCUCGUGCCGACUGUGAGGAACUAGAAUCUCUAGCUCAGUCACUCCUCCGAUGUUUUGAACGUGAAGAAAGCCCCGGCUUAUUGAAAGCCUGGGACUCUUGUUCUGCGAAUAGCAAGGAAGAGCAGCACCAGUCAGGCGGGGCUGAGUGCAGUAGAAGCGAGCCGAGACCGGCAGCUCAGGAACUGCAGGAACUGCACGAACUGCACGAAGACGCAGCCCCAGCAGUGUCCCCUGGGGACUGCGCCCCCAACAGGAUUCAGUGGGUAUGAAACCAUCGUGCAGGUACUUGGUGACCACCCAUGACCAAAAAGGACACUUGGUGACACUGUUCCUCAGGCAGGGGAACAUAAAAAGGAAUGGUAAAUACUUCAAGUCCGCGUCUAUGUGUAGCCUCUUGCUGGGUGUAGAAAGUGCGAACAGUGCCGAGUCCUGGCUUCAAAAUGCCUCGGUGGAUGCUCAGAAUUGUAUAAGCAGAUGAUUUUUUUAAACAAAGACUUAUCGUUUAAAAAUGUUGGAAUAUUGGCAUCAGAAUGAAAUUACAGUCUCAGGACUAAGAUAGUGACUGUGACCCUAGUUUCUCAUUGCCUAAAAUUUUAAAUGCUAACCUUUAGCAGUGAUACACUGUCUCUAGCUGGUUCAUUGGUCUGUUUGUAGAUUGUUCAGAUUCCCACUCAUGAGAAAAUAACUGUCUGUUACUUUGGGUUGUGCAUUCUCUCCUGCAAAUACAGCGUAUGGAUUAAGUUUAUGGUGAAAUUCUCAACACAGGUUUAACCAAGGCAGCUUCCUAAAACCAAAACUCUUUGUCCGAGGAUCAACUGUUUGCCAUCUUCAAUAAUAUAUAUGUAAUUUGUUUCUUUUCAAACUGUACAUAAAAAGAUAAUAUAAUUGCAUAUUAAUAAUAUGACCAGAUAGCAUCAUCGCUUACUGUGUUUUCUGUGUUCCCUAAUGGUUGCUUCAUUUAUAAAAUUUAAAAGUAGUAGUAGAAUGUGACCAGAACCACUUGGGAGAUCAGAGGCUGGCCCCUUUCCGUAGUGCUUGUUCUGCUAAAGGGUAACUGGUUUACAUGUUGUUUGAUGGAGAUUAAAGAUUCUUUUUAUAUUUCAUAGCUUGAAAAACCCUUCAUCUACAAUCAAGUAAUAAAGAUAAUAUCCUAUUUUAGGGUUUAACUUAAGGACAUAGUUUAAUAUGUUUUACCUCAAGACUAUGUGUAAUUUGAAAGAUAUUUAGUAUCUUAGCCUGGGUGACCUGGGCAGAUUCUGGAGGAGUGGUAGCUUUUGACUUGUAGAUGCCGCCUGUACAUUCAGUGUAGCUCGGCGAGGUUGCUUGAAUACACCUGUUGUUUUCUCUACGGGGAGAGACUGGAGAGCAGUUCUCCCUCGGGUGGGCAGCCCAGCUGUGGUGGUCCAUCCCUUGUGGCCUCUGGGAGCUUUGAAGUGGCACAGUACCAGCCAACCUGAGUGCCCCAUCCUGUCUGACUUGUGGCAGCGGAGAGGACUUGUUCGCCGCCAGGUUUCCUCUCUGAGGUUCACUCUGUCGCACUCAGUGCUCUGGAAGUCGCACUUCUGUCCCCAGUUCGUAAGCCGAGAAGCACACACAGGGUUCUUCCGUGAGCUCUCCGUGAGCUCGCUGGAGCACCAGCGUGGCAGUUUUCACCUUGCCGUGCAGUAGCUAAUUUUAGCUUCUCCGUCUCUUCUCCCUUGGUUUUUUUCUUGCUCUUAGACCUGGUCCAGCUGAGCAGUGCAGUGUGUCCCCGCCUCUGCUUCCUGAAUGCUGGGGUUACAGUCCCCCAAACCCAAGCCCACACCCAGCUAGUAUCUUAUCUUUCAAACUCAUGUCCUCAAAAAUGUUGUGGGUAUGCUUGUAAGCUUAUUUAUAUUUAUGCUAAAUAAUUUGUUGUACGUCUUCGAGUGGCUGGUGUAAACUGUGUGGCUGUCAGAAUCAUGUGCACUGAGAAGUGUUGUAAAGAGAGUGCCUUUAAUAAAUCUUAUAAGCUUCAGAA